GUCUGAGAUUCUGCAUCGCGACUUCAUCUUCAAAUGACUUGAGACCAUCAUACACGCGCGUAUCAAGCUUGAGCAUCACCAGCUCAUCUUUGAGGGAACUCAAUAUGUUCUCUCCUUCCCAGAAUGGCAGUGCGCCUGCGCCCACAGUCCGCACGUCUCGACGAAGACCAAGACCUUCUGGAGACUCCAUAGCUCCACCCAAGGCAAAGCGACAACGAAGUACUUUAACUGAAUCUACAUUCGUGGCUCCUGAUGCCGCUCCCGAGAUGGAGGAAGUCACAAAUCAGAAAGUCGCUGCGCUGACCAAGCAUGAAAAUAUGAAGGACGCCCCUGCACCGUCUAAGGAGAUCGCAGUCAGAGGGGGAAAGAAAACAAGAUCUACAGAUCGAGGUAGCAAAGGCGACGGAAGUGUUGUACUGACUACCAACGAUACAUACACUGUCAGCAAGCUUCCUGCUCUUCCAGAUCGUUUGCGCGCGGACGCCGCAGGUCGUCAACAUGGUGCUAUCUAUUCAGAUAGCGGCUACGCGCUCACUCUCACACAUACACAUGCCAUCGUCUGGCCCUACGCCGUGAACUUGCAAUCCCCAGAAACCUUUACCUUUGCGCUGCCGUUACCUUCGAAACACAGUUACGACCCCCUCCCUCUCGGAUCUCUGGUCUCAGCUUCAGCGUCCUCCUCAGACCCUGGACUUGUUGUGGUCAUUCCAACCACUGGCAAGAUCACAUAUUGGGAGUCGAUUUCAAGUGCGGCUACUCUUGAUCUCAGGCUGCAGCGUAAUGGCGUCGACUACACAAUUCAAGGCAUGCAACACAGCGAGACGGUUGUUCAGAUCCUGAAUGCCGAGUCAGCUGGCUUUGUCCUUGCAUUCAGUACUGGGAGAAUUGCCUACAUGAGCGUUAGAGAUGGCCAAGGAAGACCUGCGAUCGCCGUGCAAUUUCUUCGAAGCAACAACGGUACAGGCGCUGGCGGCAUCUUUGGAAGCUUGAGAAAUGUUCUUUCAAGUUCCAAUGGGCGCGGUGACAUUGCAGCAAUUCGUGCUGCUCGACCAGACAAAGUUGGGGAGCGAACCGUGAUCUCGGCAACGGCGAAAGGAAAGCUUCAAUCCUGGAACAUACAGCGGGGAGGUCAUGCCACACUUAACGCAGAAGCUGAAGGACGGGAAGCUAUUGUCAUGGCCAUCAAGCACACAAGCCCUGCACUUAGUGAGCUACUGCUGGAAACCUUCGAGCUCCUCGACUUUUCAUACACCCCAAGAUCUGUCAAAGACUCGCAGCUCAGCGAUCGCGAUGAUGGAGCUCAUCUCUUGCUGUUGACUUCCAUGACAGAUCGUCACGACUCUCAUUACUUCCUCAUUGAACUCGUGCUGAGUAGAGAUAAUUUGGAAAUCGGCACCAUUCGACCUGUUAAGUCCUACAAGACACCAGUGAGCCGUAUAGCAACAACGAAACCCCGACUGUACCUCCCGAAUCCGGCGCUUGUUGCUUACUUAGUCUUUGAUCGAGCCGUGGUGGUCGUGUCCAUGGCGAAACAGCCAGACUCUCCAGAUUUACAACUUCGAUCGGAGAGCCACUUAUCACCUUUAUCUUUCGAGGACGUCGUUGAUUUUAGAGAGGACAUGAAUGUCGAGAUUGUUGGGUCGGGUAUGGAAGAGCCGCAAGCUCCAUCACACGGCAUCGAAGAUCCGAAAUCCCGACGUCACAAGGCCAAGCAUCCUGCAGUUGUUCUCAUGGUGAGAGGCGGCGGUGUUGUGCGUGUAGCAGCAACCGACAUCACAAGGUUGACAUCGAGCAGACCACAGCAGGUUACUGCCAAAAGCAAGUUAGAGCAAGCUGUCUUCUUUGGGACGCUGGAUCAAAAUCCUCUCAGCUUCGCGGUACGACCUGAGUUGCAGUUCUCAGGAGAGGAGGUUGGUGAAGCCGCUUUAGAGCUGAGUCUCGACAUAUCCAAGUCCGAGACACCGUAUAUUCCCUCUGUCCCUGCCUCGGUCGAGCAAAAUUUAAGAAAGCGAUCUGCAGCCUUACGAGAUCUUGCCAAGUACCUCAAAGCCAGCGCAGUUGUGCUGGACAGGACCACAAAGUGGAAGCUCCUGUGGGCUGCCGAAAAGAUGACUGCUGCAUCGUCAAUAUGGAAGCUAUAUGACGCCAGCCUGAAAGAAAAAUCGAUUGGCCAGAAACGUGGGCUGCUGACUGAGGUUGUUGAGUUUAUCCAUGAGGACUACAAGACCGAGCCCGUUUCCGAAACUGGAGAACUAGACCGAGUACGACAUUGGUUCAUUAAGGAUGUUUGGAAUCUUGAGAUUGCGAUCCCUUGGGCUUACCAAGUCAUCAAAUAUACAUACCAGGACGGGAAGAAAGGUCACGAUGGUAUCUGCGCUUUGUUAAGCGAGGGAGACGACAUGGUACUUGGCGCUCUCCAAGCUGCCUUCGAUUUCAGGACUGCUAAUCUUGAUCUCUACGGUCUUGGAGAUGAGAAAUUAGAGCAUGGUAUACUGAAGGUCGGCUAUGAAGGACUUCCCGAAUUCUGGACAUCGACCAUCUUCACAACAGAAAACAUUCGAAAGCAGGCGGAGCUGGCAGGGAUGCUUUUAAAAGGAUACUGGGACAAAGAAAACAUCGAAGGAGAAGAACGACCGCACCCGAGGUUGGUGAACAAAGUACGACUAGAGUUCCCCGAUCUACUUGAUAUUACGAUUCGGGCGACUCGUGAGCGCAUCAGAUGGGACCUUUGCCAAGAGGGUGAACCAUGGCAAAGCGAGGCAGAACGUAUAGCUCAUUUGUUGGAUGACGCCCAACAGAGACAAAUCGCGGACCUUGCUGAAGAUCUUCAGCUUCCUGAUGCUGCUGCUAACCUAGCCGAGAAACAUGAGCUGUUGCCGAGUCUUGCGAUGGUCCUUCAAUACGGGCUUAAUGUCAGUUCAGCUAAAACGCACGAAAAGGGUAUCUCGAAGGAGGAGAAGGAUCUUUAUACACAGCAAUACUACGCCCUAAGAGAACGUGUCCGACGUUGCUUCGAGAAAUUCGGCUCCGCAUGGGCAACGGCAUUGUUCGAGGUAGAUAUUCGAGAUAAAUAUAUAGCCGACUUGUUCGACGGGUGGCCAGAACAACAAGACUACCUGACGGCAUUCUUGCACAGGGACGAAUACGCAAAGCUAUCUUGGAUCAAUGACAUUACCCGAGAAGAUGACUUUGAUCAUGCCUCAAAGACCCUACUCAAGCUUGGACUGACUGGGGAGGAUGAUCUAUGGAGCAAGCAAGUCGAGUUGAGCAUCGGCAAGCUCGCACUUCUGGCAAACAAGAGUCCUAGUCAGGCAAAUGAGAUUCUGUCAUCGAAGGGAGGCAAGAGCGAAGUCUCAUCUGCCCAGAAUCAGCUUGGUCUGAUCAAAAUUCAGCAGACGAUCUUCAAUUUCAUAUUGCCCAGCAUUGAAUCGGCUAUCGACGAAAGAGCAGAGUUGCAGUUGGCGUUGGAGUCGUUUGGCAACAACGAACUGAUCAAGCAACCCCAGCUGUUAGCACUUCUCAAAGAAAGUAUGGACUGUUUAAUAAAACACAAAGCAAUGAAGGCACCAAUGCUGAUCGAUCUACUUACGCUAAUGGGUGGGAAUGGUUCAUUUGAAGAGCUGAGCUACCUUCAUAGCCAGCAAUUCUACCUUGCUCUGAAAGCUGCACGAUACGGCUUGGAGAAGAAGGAUGAGCAGAUUUUGACGCAACGCAUCAUCUGGAAACGAUGUAUGUUACGAGACGAUUGGGCCGAGAUCAAUAAUACAGUGCAAAAGGACGAUCAACAGGUGUCCGAGCAGCUUGCCAGAACAGCUCUCUACCAGACAUUUAGACAGUGUCUGAAAGACCGUCUAUUUGACAAGAGAUCGGUUAUCAAGCCUAUGAGCCCUGAAGAGGUCUUAGGAGCUGGCAGCGAGGGCCUGGAUCCCCGUUUUACGGUACUUGAUGCCAGCAUCAGAGAGCAGAUCGUGCAGGAUAUGCUUGUGGAGGACGAUGCACUGAAACAUUUCAUCGAGAAAUGCAGGCUAGAUCAGUGGUAUGAUUCGGCAUUGACCCAAGCAAAGGACGAUUACGAUUCUGAGCUCAAUGAGGAGACAGACGAUGGAGGUAAAAUGAACCAGAUUGCGGCAAAGCUUGUCGAUCUGGAGGAGGAGAUCAAGGAAAGUGAGAUGAAGAAGGCUGAGAGUUUGCUCCACUCGAAGCCGCGAUACAAACCUAAACCAAAAGUGAACGGUAGCGUGGGAAAUUUCCGGAGUUCUUUCAGGCCAUGAGCGACUUUGGGCUGCAUAUAACGGCAUUAGCAAGAUGUAACAAUGUUCCUCCCUUUUCUUGAUACCUCAGGUCGGCGUUGUGGCAAAUAGCGAAGAAUGCAUUGUAUUGUAUAUUAGGAUAAGACUCCAAAGUCGAGCAGGGACAUCUGGACUGACC